AUGGGGAAGAUGGGACCGCCGCCGGCCGACCGCGAGAACAGCGCGGAGCUCGCGCACGCCGCGGACCACGCGGGGGAGGAUGGAAGCGCGGGCGCCGGCAGGGGCAGCGGUAGGGACGCGGAAAUGGCGACGGGGGGAACUUCAGAGGAUUCUCUUACCAGGGGUGCGGAGCUGCGCGUGUUGGAGUUCUACAGCGGUAUCGGCGGUCUGCAUUACGGGCUGCAGUGUCCCGGCGUGGUGCCGGCGCACGUGACGGCGCGCGUGGUGGCGGCGUUCGAUAUCAACGAGGUCGCCAACGACGUGUACGAGCGCAACUUCCGCCACCGCCCCAAGCAGGGCAACGUGCAGACCAUGUCAGCAGCAGCACUGGACGCGUGGCGAGCACACGCGUGGCUCAUGUCUCCGCCCUGCCAGCCGUACACACGGCAAGGGCUGCGGCGCGACUGUGAGGAUGGGAGGGCGACGUCGUUCCUGGCCAUGCUGCAGCGCCUGCCCGCCAUGCACCACCCGCCGCUCUUCAUCCUCGUUGAAAACGUCGUUGGCUUCGAGUCAUCGCGCACGCGGCAUGAGCUGGUGCGCGUGCUAGCGGGCACGGGCUUCACGUCGCUGCACGAGUUCCUUCUCACGCCCACCGACCUCGCUCUGCCCUACUCGCGACCACGAUACUUCUGCCUUGCCAAGCGCACCACCCCUUUGGCGGCCGCCCUCUGCCACUCGCUGCCCGGCCGCCCCUCCUCCCCGUGCACUGCUGCACCUGUGCCCGAUGCAGGCACCAGUCGGUCCGAGGAGAUCCCAGGUGGAGGUGCGAGCGGUGCAGUGGGGCAGGAGGCAGGGGGGGAGACGGGGGGAGUGGCAGAAGAGGAGGAGGCAGGGGGAGAGGAGGUGAGGAGCGAUGGUGUGGGAGCAGCGAGAGUGCUGGGAUGGCGUGACCUGCUCUGGCUGUGCCAGGACGUUGCGCGAGGGGAAUGGAGAGAGCAGCGGGCAGCAGUGCAGGCUGGUUGCAGUGACGACAGUGGCAGCAGCAGUGGGGAUGGUGCGGGGCGCGCCUCUGAGAGUGGUCUGAAGCCGCGGUGCAUUGGUGAUUUCCUUGACAUGCACCCUGACGCUGCUGCUGGCAGUGAUGCUGACGCCACUGAAUCUGAUGACAGCAGUGCUUCUGAUGGCGAUGGUGCGGGCAUGGCGAGUGCGUGCGAGGCAGAGGUGCCAUCAGCGCAGCCCAGUGCGUCUCCAUGGGCGCCCUACUGUGUGCCGCAUGAUGUGCGCCAGCGAUGGGGGGAGUGCUUUGACAUAGUGACAGCAGCGGCGGUGCGGUGCAACUGUUUCACCAAGAGCUACACCAAGUACGCCAAGGGCACUGGCUCCGUGCUGCUCACUCAGGGAGCGGAGCUGGCAACGCGGGUGCCAGCAGCAGCAGUGGCGGCAUCAGAGGGCGCAUGUGAAGGUGGCAAUGAUCCCACCUGCCAGGCCCUGAGAGAGCACCCGUGCACGGCAGAGGAGCAGCCGUGUGUGCGCUUCAAUGGCAUCCCCCUCACGCACCUCCCCCUGCGCUACUUCACACCAAGAGAGGUGGCCAACCUCCACAGUUUCCCACGCACCUUCACCUUCCCGCCCCACGUCACCAUGAAGCAAAGGUAUGCACUUCUGGGCAACAGUGUGAGCGUUGCUGUUGUUGCGCAUCUGCUGCGGCAUCUCUUCACCAUGCUUUGA